AAAAUCUGAUGACGGGAAAGAAACCCGCAAAACCAAAACCGUCACGGAGAAAGGCGACUCGAUGUCCGUACAAGAAGUCGAAACAACGACAUCUGUUGUCGAAGACACCAAGAAGGAGACCACCACAACAAAAGUAGACCCCAUCGGUACUGCCAAUGUAGGGGCCAGUUUGGCCCCUACAUUGGCAGACGAAGAAGUCACAAAAGAAGAUGAGAAGGUCACCGAUGUGGCCCCCACAGAUGAUGUGGACGACGUCAUGAAAGCCGUGAAGGAAGAUGAAGAAGUUAAGAAUUCAGAUACCACCGACGUGGUCCCCACAUCGAAUGAAGGUUGUGCGGAAGUUGUGAAAGAUGACGAGAAGAAAGAAUCCGCAAUGACAGAUGAAAAGGAGGCUAAGAAAGAUAAUGCGACUCCCACAUUGAGGGAGAAUGUUAUGGAAGCCACAUUGGUCGUGAAGAGUGACAACAAGUUUAAGGAUUCCAAAGAAGAAAUGACCUAUGAAACACCAAUGAAAGCCACCGAAGAUUUUCCGAUCACCGAGUUCACAACCCCAAAAGUCCAGGAACUAAAAGCCAAAGAAUCGACCAAAGUGGAAACAAAGAAAGAAGAAGAUGUGAAGGUGACAGGAGCAGACAUUGCUAAAACAGAGACCUCACCCGCAACAGAACCUAAGAAGGUUCCCACCACCGAUGAGGCAAAUGUUGUGGAAACAAAAGAGACAGAAACAUGAUACAAAAAUGAAGGACAAGAUGAAAUCCUGGACAAUGCAUAAAUGUGGCUCACGUCAUAUCAUAUGGUCGUGGUUUAAUGUAAUAUCUUUGGAAAGUUGCUAUAUUUUUAGAUUGUAUACUUCUAGAUCUACUGUGAACAUACCUCAGAGAUUACAAUGUAUGACAUUUAGAAGUUUUCAAAUAUCCAGUUUCGUUCUUCAUCUU